AUUCAUCAAACCUCCACAACUUCAGUGAUAGUAGAGUGCUGCUCCUAUCGCUACCCACAUCAUCUAUCAUGUCUGAAGUUCACCUCCUCUUUCACCAGCCCAUUGCCGAUCACUCCUUCAGUGCGGACAGGUCUCUCUUAGCUGUAUCUCGGGAUACUAAAACUGUUACUAGUGUUGACAUCGCACCGAAUACUAGGAGGAUUGUUACUUGCUCCCAAGAUCGUAACGCUCUAGUCUGGGAACCAUCCCCAACAGGCUGGAAGCCAACUCUCGUCCUACUCCGUAUCAACCGUGCUGCAACACACGUUCGUUGGUCCCCUGACGAGACCAAAUUCGCCGUUGGCUCCGGUGCGCGUGUCAUCGCUGUGUGCUACUUUGAGGGAGAAAACGACUGGUGGGUGUCAAAGCACAUCAAAAAACCUCUCCGUUCCACCGUCUUCUCACUCGCCUGGCAUCCCAAUUCCGUCUUACUCGCUGCCGGUUCCGCAGACGCUCAUGCCCGCGUGUUCUCCUCGUUCAUCAAAGGUGUAGACCAACGCCCUGAGCCAACCGUCUGGGGAGAGCGUAUUCCCUUCAACACUGUUUGCGGGGAAUAUAUCAAUAGCUCUGGUGGCUGGGUCCAUUCAGUUGCUUUCUCGCCUUCUGGAAAUGCACUUGCAUUCGCUGCCCAUGACAGUAGUGUUACCGUUGUGUACCCGUCCGCACCGGAACAACCACCACAUGCGGUUCUUAGUGUGACGACCCAAAUGUUGCCGUUUGUUACGCUUUGCUGGACCCGUGAGGACCAACUCGUUGCCGCCGGUCACGACUGUCACCCGGUUGUUUUCGAGGGUAACAUGGGGGGAUGGAGGCUGGCAUACUCUGUUGACGACCCGCGCAAGUCUGCAGGUUCCGGUGCAAGUCAGGAAUCUAGUGCAUUGAACAUGUUUAGGCAGAUGGAUUUGAAAGGAAAGAGUUCGGCGGAUGACACCAACUUGAAGACAAUUCAUCAGAACUCGAUCACUAUCUUGAGGCCUUAUGAGGGCAGGGCGGGAAAUGUUACUAAGUUCAGCUCUAGUGGUGUUGAUGGAAGGGUUGUGGUUUUUUCUGUGAAGAGUUAAUGUGGCGCUUUCGCCUAAGCGCAUUAUUGAGUUUGCUAGAAUUUAGAUAUCAUUGUGUAA